AUGGCUAUUCGUAAUGUUCGAAGAGAUAUGAAUUCAAAUUAUCAAACGAAUUCUAAUGUAUCUCAUUUAAUAUCAUCAUUAUUGACCCCAACGUCUUCAUCACUAAAAACUAUUCAAACUCCAACUACACGACAAAAAACAAUGAUGAACUAUGAUCGCAUGCCUUAUCGUUAUACAACUGCUACUUUACUUUCUUUACGAUCACCAAUAGAAACAACGAUAUUUCCAGAUCAUCUAGUCGAACGACGUUUUCUUGAUGAAGAAAACUAUAUUGAUCUCGAUCGAAUGUUGGUAGAAAAAGCUGGUAAAUUUGAUUUAAAAUCAUUCAAUAUGCGUUAUGGACCCAUAAUGCCAAAUAGAAUAUAUAAAUAUGAUUUUUCUGAUUCUGCCGUUAUUGAAAAAGUAAAAAAUCGUCGUCCAAAAGAUCUUUUAACACCUCAACAAGUAGCUGCUCUUACAUCAGUUGCAACACGUUAUCAACCAUCAACAUUAUUAUAUUCUCAUCAAAUACAACCAUCACAUGUUUGGAUUGAUGAUUAUAGUCAUCAACAAGUACAAUUUAAUUCAUCUCAGCAUCAUUUACCAUUACAAUCUUCAAUGCCUUAUCAAAGACAAAACCCUAAUCAAUGCGAGUUAUAUACAAAUCAAAUUAAAUCUCUUUUACCAACUUGUCAAUCAAUUAUUGAAAAGAAAAAUAAUGAUGCCAUGAAUAAACAAAUAAAUACAAUUCCAAUUUUACAACGAUUAUUCGAUGCGCAACGACUUCAACAGUAA